CCGCGUGAGCUUCUGCUGUGCAGGUAAGGACGAUAAACCUGAUUUCCAUAACCUCGGUAAAUCUUCGUUUUGACUGUAAAAUAACUAACGUUACAAAUGACGAAUAUAUAUUGUUUAUAUUGGACUCCUAUUUUUUUGUAGCGUAAUGUACAUCUCGUGAAGAAAACGUGCAGCUCGUGGCCAUCAAAUUAGCUUCGCAAGCUAGCUAGGCCAGAGGCCUUUCACAUCAAAUAUCUGUUAUUCUGCUGUUGCAUGUUAACAUUUAGUUAGCUACUAUCAUCUUCAAACUAAAAGUUGUUAUAUCUAAAACGCACAGGAUUCAGCAAAUAUUCACAUAUUGAGUGCAAAUGCAGCACAGGCAAAAGGAAAAAACAGCUCUUGCGGUUAGCUGCAUCUCGUGUUAGCUAGCCAUUUGUUUUUAAGAUGAAUAGCUAAUGUUGCGAUACAUUCGCUAUACUCUUGUCUUUGCUAUAUCUGGGUCUAAUAGUCUUCUGAUCCAGAGACUGGAUCCAAAUUCCCCUUUUAAUCACAAACAUCACUGCUCAUUGUAACCUUGUAACUACACAUUUGAGCUCUUUUCAAUUCAUGUCAAAUUGUGUCCAAACUACAGUUAGGCCAAUUGUUGGUCAAUUGGUAAAUUGUGAGCGUUGUCCUUGCUCUAUGAAGAUUAACCCAUGUUUGAUCUAUCUUCUCUUCUGGCUAUGACAUACAGUUCAUGAUACUGUAUAUCUUCCUCUACUUUCGUAUGAGGUCAAUUCACGUCUGAAUCUUUACUGUACAUUUUCCUCCUUUUCUGUGAGUUGUCUCUCUUCAAUGCAUUUUAUAAAUGAUUCUUCCUGUUUCUUUCAAAUAAACCUAACAUUCUGAUUCUGAACACAGUUCAAUUGACUACUAUUUGAAUUGGGCCAUUCUCUCCACACUUGCUAUCUGUACAUUGUAGGCUAACUGAACCUGGCUGCAGACCGUGUUGUUUGCACCUCCAUAUCCCCAUGCUAACUGUGGAGGAGGGCGGCAGACAAGAACUUAUACCCUACACUUUCACCAUUAUGUUUCUGCAGAAAUACAUAUUCCAUCAGAUGAAGAGGAGAGCUUUCCUUUUCUUCAUCCACGUUGACUUGUUGCCACGGCGUCGUCUCAUUUUGAAUUGACUGAAUCUUCUCUUCGAUCAAAGACUUUUAAAUUGUCCCUCCCUUAACUGCUUCCUUAUUCUGUUCUUGUGCCGUGUAGUCUCACGUUGAGUUAGUUUAGAGCACGUCAGCCAUUUUGAGGAUUGCCAUGUCCCAGAAGAUUCCAUCUGAUAGCUCUCAGAAAGGCUUUGCUGUGGGACGCGGGCUCCUGGCUGCUGCUGAGACCCUCAACUUCAGCAUGAAUGAACAGCGUUCAGACAGCGUCCAUCAUGGCUCAACCUCCAGACAGUUGCACAGCAUGUCCUCAGGUAUGGGUGGUGGUGAGGGCGACCGUGACCCGCAGCUGUCCCGUCGUGGUGGCAGCCACAUUGGCAACUCCAUGAAGCUGUUUGCCAGCUUGGGCCUGUCGCCCGCUGACCUAGACGUGCUGGCACAGAUCCCAGAAGACAACAUUAGUGUGGAGACCUUGCCUCACCUUAUAAUGCAACUUAAGAACCGGAAGGUGGAUUCUGACAGACGCAUGGCAGGCAACUCUAGAGGAGACCUGUCAGGGCUCUCCCCUGAGCCCUCAUACAGAGCCAGCAGAGACGACUGGGACGAUAUGCGUGUUGGAAGACAGGGUGGUUCCAUGGGGCAGGCUUCGGCCCGCGCUCAGCAAGGAGACUUGGGCUACGGUUCCAUCCAAGACACUCCAGCUGGAAGGUAUGAACUCGACUAUGGCCACGGCAGUGGUGGAAGAGAUCCAGGGUGGUAUUCAGAUCUUUCCCAUGAUCGCUACAGCGGUAUGGGCAUGGGUCCCCCCUCAGCGGCAGACAGUGUCUUUAUGACCAGGAGAAUGGGAUCCCCGUCCCAAGGCAAAGUGCAGGACUUCUUGGGAGUCAUACCUCACAUGUUUCCCCAUGUGUGCUCUCUUUGUGAUUUUGACGUGCAUUCCACCAUGGUGAGUAGUAACUCCAAUUCAUUUUCCACUUUACCUGUCUGUUUCAUCCAUCCACACACCGUCUACUCUGAUCUCAGUUUGAUUGCCACUCUCAUGCACUCACGGACACUUUUUCAAUUCAAAGACCACUUUUGAAUUUAUAAUCAAAUAUUUUAUAGCUUUUGAUUAUCAAGUGACUGGAAAGCCAAUAUACAGUACACUAAGUAAUGGUUCAACAAAAGUCUGUUUAUAUUUGCAUCAUAUACCCACUUAUUCAGCUUCUUUCUACAUUUGAAGAGCCAUAGUUUAAUCACCCUUUGCUUUCUAAUUGGUGUGGGAGCCAAUUAAUGUAUACAGUGUAGGUAUGCAGUAAAUCAGUCACUCAUCCAGUGUUUGUCUUGGUCUGCAGGAGUGGAACCAGCACACUGAUGGAUUACGUCAUGCAGAAAACCAGAGGCUCCUCCUGCAGAUGUAAGUUCCUCUUCCUCUUCAAACAUUCUGUGUUAUUUAUGUAAAGGCCUUUUAGCAACGAGGUUGUUAGAACUAAUGUUCAGAUACACACUGAAACAUCUGUGUAGAACUUUUACACUGCCUGCUGGAAAAAGCAUGGGGAAAAAAUAAAGCAACUUUUGGAGUUCUGUCUUAAAAUAAAAUUGUGUGUGAACCAUCAAUAAUUUUUUGACCAAUGUUCUCCCAUGAUCUUUAGGUACCCAGAAUGGGAUCCACACAUGGCCACAAGCAGGAGGUAUGUGUCUCUUCCUCUCCACACAAACACACACACUCUUGCUCUCUCUUUCUCACACUCGCCGGUUGUUAUAACAUGUUUGCAAAUAUUAGUCCCAAGAGUUGAUAAAGAACAUACGAACACUAUUUAUUUGUAUUUUUUAUUUAACCUUUAUUUAACCAGGUUUAAACCAGUUGAGAACAAGUUCUCAAUUACAACUGGCCAAGAUAAAGCAAAGCAGUGCGAUAAAAACAACAACAACACAGAGUUACAUAUGGGGUAAACAAAACGUACAGUCAGUAACACAAUAGAAAAUCUAUAUACAGUGUGUGCAAAUGUAGUAAGUUAUGGAGGUAAGGCAAUAAAUAGGCCAUAGUGCAAAAUAAUUACAAUUUAGUAUUAACACUGGAGUAAUUGAUGUGCAGAAGAAGAUGUGCAAAUAGAGAUACUGGGGUGCAAAUGAGCAAAAUAAAUAACAAUAUGGGGAUGAGGUAGUUGGGUGGGCUAAUUACAGAUGGGCUGUGUACAGGUGCAGUGAUCGGUAAGCUGCUCUGACAACUGAUGCUUAAAGAUAGUGAGGGAGAUAAGUGUCUCCAGCUUCAGAGAUUUUUUCAGUUCGUUCCAGUCAUUGGCAGCAGAGAAUUGAAAGGAAUGGCGGCCAAAGGAGGUGUUGGCUUUGGGGAUGACCAGUGAGAUAUACCUGCUGGAGCGCAUACUACGGGUGGGUGCCAACAAGAGCGUACAGGUCACAAUGGUGGGUAGUAUAUGGGGCUUUGGUGACAAAACGGAUGGCACUGUGAUAGACUACAUCCAAUUUGCUGAGUAGAGUGUUGGAGGCUAUUUUGUAAAUGACAUCGCCUAAGUCAAGGAUCGGUAGGAUAGUCAGUUUUACGAGGGCAUUUUUGGCAGCAUGAGUGAAGGAGGCUUAGCUGAGAAGUUACGGUGGGAUUCAAAAUGGUCGGUGAUCUGUUUUAACUUGGCUUUCAAAUACUUUCGAAAGACAGGGCAGGAUGGAUAUAGGUCUGUAACAGUUUGGAUCUAGAGUGUCACCCCCUUUGAAGAGCGGGAUGACCGCGGCAGCUUUUCAAUCUCUGGGGAUCUCAGACGAUACGAACGAGAGGUUGAACGGGCUGGUAAUAGGGGUUGCGACAAUUUCGGCGGCUAAUUUUUAGAAAGAAAGGGUCCAGAUUGUCUAGCCCAGCUUAUUUGUAGGGAUCCAGAUUUUGCAGUUUUUUUAGUUAACAAUAUACUUUCCGGUGUUUUGACUUUAAAGAGCAACUACCCCUAAAAACCAGCUUCUCGUUUAGAAAACAGCCUAUGUGGCAUUGAUAUGAGUGUGAAACAUUUAUUCUACUGUCAGAAUUGACUACAAAGUGUAAAUACAGUAAUUUUGGUAAUUAAAGUCAGUCUUGUCCAAAGCAGAGUUUUGACUGCAUCACAACAUAAAUUAAGGUUGGCUUUGUUUUAAUCCUGCCCACAGCGGGCAGCACACUAGUAAUCAUCAAUUCAGAGUGCAGCUGCACGUGACCCGAUCGUAAUCGUAAUAAUUAGCCAACGUUCAAGCUUUGGAGAAUAAAAUGGACGAUUUAAGAUUACGGUUAUCCUACCAACGGGACAUUAAAAACUGUAAUAUCUUAUGUUUUACGGAGUCGUGGCUGAACGACGACAAUGAUAACAUUCAGCUAACAGGCUAUACGCUACAUCGGCAGGACAGAACGGCAGACUCGGGUAAGACGAGGGGUGGCGGUCUCUGUAUAUUUGUAAACAACAGCUGGUGCACCAAAUCAAAUACUAAGGAAGUCUCAAGGUUUUGCUCGCCUGAGGUAGAGUAUCUUAUGAUAAGCUGUAGACCCCACUAUUUACCAAGAGAGUUUUCAUCUAUAUUUUUCAUAGCUGUCUAUUUACCACCACAAACCAAUGCUGGCAUUAAGAUUGCACUGAAUGAGUUGUACAAGGCCAUUAAUCAACAGGAAAACGCUCAUCCAGAUGCAGCGCUCCUAGUAGCAGGGGACUUUAAUGCAGGGAAACUUAAAUCCGUUCUACCUAAUUUCUACCAGCAUGUUAAAUGUGCAACCAGAGGGGAAAAAACUCUAGACCACCUUUACUCCACACACAGAGACGCAUACAAAGCUCUCCCUCGCCCUCCAUUUGGCAAAUCUGACCAUAACUCUAUCCUCCUGAUUCCUGCUUAUAAGCAAAAACUGAAGCAGGAAGCACCAGUGAUUCGGCUAAUAAAAAAGUGGUCAGAUGACGCAGAUGCUAAGCUACAGGACUGUUUUGCUAGCACAGACUGGAACAUGUUCCGGGAUUCUUCAGACAGCAUUGAGGAGUACACCACAUCAGUCACUGGCUUCAUCAAUAAGUGCAUCGAUGAUGUCGUCCCCACAGUGACCGUACGUACAUACCCCAACCAGAAGCCAUGGAUUACAGGAAACAUCCGCACUGAGCUAAAGGGUAGAGCUGCCGCUUUCAAGGAACGGGACUCUAACCCGGACGCUUAUAAGAAAUCCCGCUAUGACCUCCGACGAACCAUCAAACAGGCAAAGAGUCAAUACAGGUCUAAGAUUGAAUCAUACUACACUGGCUCUGACGCUCGUCGGAUGUGGCAGGGCUUGAAAACUAUUACAGACUACAAAGGGAAGCACAGUCGCGAGCUGCCCAGUGACACAAGCCUACCAGACGAGCUAAACCACUUCUAUGCUCGCUUCGAGGCAAGCAACACUGAAGCAUGCAUGAGAGCACCAGCUGUUCCGGACGACUAUGUGAUCACGCUCUCCGUAGCCGAUGUGAGUAAGACUUUUAAGCAGGUCAACAUUCACAAGGCCGCAGGGCCAGACGGAUUACCAGGACGUGUACUCCGAGCAUGUGCUGACCAACUGGCAAGUGUCUUCACUGACAUUUUCAACAUGUCCCUGACUGAGUCUGUAAUACCAACAUGUUUCAAGCAGACCACCAUAGUCCCCGUGCCCAAGAACUCUAAGAUAACCUGCCUAAAUGACUACCGACCCGUGGCACUGACGUCUGUAGCCAUGAAGUGCUUUGAAAGACUGGUCAUGGCUCACAUCAACAGCAUAAUCCCAGAAACCCUAGACCCACUCCAAUUUGCAUACCGCCCCAACAGAUCCACAGAUGAUGCAAUCUCUAUCGCACUCCACACUGCCCUUUCCCACCUGGACAAGAGGAACACCUACGUGAGAAUGCUAUUCAUUGACUACAGCUCAGCAUUCAACACCAUAGUGCCCUCAAAGCUCAUCACUAAGCUAAGGAUCCUGGGACUAAACACCUCCCUCUGCAACUGGAUCCUGGACUUCCUGACGGGCCGCCCCCAGGUGGUAAGGGUAGGUAACAACACAUCUGCCACACUGAUCCUCAACACGGGGGCCCCUCAGGGGUGCGUGCUCAGUCCCCUCCUGUACUCUCUGUUCACCCAUGACUGCAUGGCCAGGCACGACUCCAACACCAUCAUUAAGUUUGCCGACGACACAACAGUGGUAGGCCUGAUCACCGACAACGAUGAGACAGCCUAUAGGGAGGAGGUCAGAGAUCUGGCCGUGUGGUGCCAGGACAACAACCUCUCCCUCAACGUGACCAAGACAAAGGAGAUGAUUGUGGACUACAGGAAAAAAAAGAGGACUGAGCACGCCCCCAUUCUCAUCGACGGGGCUGUAGUGGAACAGGUUGAGAGCUUCAAGUUCCUUGGUGUCCACAUCACCAACGAACUAUCAUGGUCCAAACACACCAAGACAGUCGUGAAGAGGGCACGACAAAGCCUAUUCCCCCUCAGGAGACUAAAAAGAUUUGGCAUGGGUCCUCAGAUCCUCAAAAAAUUCUACAGCUGCACCAUCGAGAGCAUCCUGACUGGUUGCAUCACCGCCUGGUAUGGCAACUGCUUGGCCUCUGACCGCAAGGCACUACAGAGGGUAGUGCGUACGGCCCAGUACAUCACAGGGGCAAAGCUCCCUGCCAUCCAGGACCUCUAUACCAGGCGGUGUCAGAGGAAGGCCCUCAAAAUUGUCAAAGACUCCAGUCACCCUAGUCAUAGACUGUUCUCUAUGCUACCGCACGGCAAGCGGUACCGGAGUGCCAAGUCUAGGUCCAAAAGACUUCUCAACAGCUUCUACCCCCAAGCCAUAAGACUCCUGAACAGCUAAUCAUGGCUACCCGGACUACUUGCACUGCCCCCCCACCCCAUACUUUUUACGCUGCUGCUACUCUGUUAAGUAUUUAUGCAUAGUCACUUUAACUCUACCCACAUGUACAUAUUACCUCAACUACCUCAACUAGCCGGUGCCCCCGCACAUUGACUAUGCAACGGUACCCCCCUGUAUAUAUAGCCUCCCUACUGUCACUUUAUUCUAUUGUAUAUAUAGCCUCCCUACUGUCACUUUAUUUUUACUUCUGCUCUUUUUUUCUCAACACUUUUUUUGUUGUUGUUUUAUUCUUACUUUUUUUGUUUAAAAUAAAUGCACUGUUGGUUAAGGGCUGUAAGUAAGCAUUUCACUGUAAUGUCUGCACCUGUUGUAUUCGGCGCAUGUGACCAAUAAAAUUUGAUUUGAUUUGAUCCCUGUGGUAAAUUUGGGUUGACUUUGGAUAUCCCUAUGGGGCUAGUUAGGGACCAUCGGUAAAUUACACCAUGUACAUGGGACGAUAUGUUGAAAUUCCAGUAGCUCCAAAUUUCAGUGACUUAAAAACCUCAAACCAACUAUAAAUUGUAGAAAUUCAUAUACAAAUAUUGAAAGCAUUUAAUGAGAACUAAAAGGUAUGAAAAUAUUGUCUCAUUUACAUUGUGUAAUUUAUUGACAGUCCCUAUCUAGCCCCGGGGAUAGGCUAUCCAAAGUCAAACCAGAUUUACCACGGUCGCACACCAGCCGGCUAAAGUUAAUUGUCUAAAUAAUUUGUUUAACUCUUCUCACCUGCGAACACACAUACGAGACACCCACACCAUACCACACCCCGAAACCAAAUCGUGUUUGAAUUAAGUCAUGGACGCUAGCAUUUCUUAAUUAAACAAAUCUAAAACGAGGCCAAAUCAGGAAGUGAAGUUGCACUUUAAAUACGUGACUGAAUCAGUCUUGUGUAAUAGUAGAGUGAAUCUCAUGUUUGUCCCUUUCAGCGGUGGGUCUCAUCUACUGGAGACGAACAACCAAUCAGCCAGUCUCCUGGGACCAGUCCCAAUGGCUGGAGGAGGAGGGCGCAUGAGCUCCGGCUGGGGUAAUGGUGUAUUUGUGUGAAAAAUUUACGUCUGUGUCUGAAAUGGAAUCCUAUUCCCUAUAUAGUGCACUACUUUUGAUCAGGGUCUGAUAGGGCUCUGGUCAAAAGUAGUGCACUAUAUAGGGAAUUAGGGUGCCUUUUCGGACUCAACCCAACGUAUGCUUAUUGCUGUCACUUACUGAUUUAUUAUUUUGUAUUCAUUACUAUGUAAUCAUUAUCAUUGUCAUUAAAGGGAUAGGCCUAGUUCACCCAAAUGACAAAAUGACAUAUUGGCUUCCUGACCCUGUAAUCAGUCCAUGAACAAAGUAAGACAGUAAUCCAUGUUUGUUUUUUUGUUUAGCUGGCCACUGCCAUGUUGUAAUUGAAGUGACUGCGGGUCCUUGAAAAGCCGUAUAUAAAACCCCAUGUGUUAUUAUCAUGUAUUUUAGGUGGUGGUGCUGGAUCUAAUGUUGGACCAGGCAAGGCACAUCAACAUUCUAUGCCACCUAAGCCGGUAAUGUGUUUUAUUUGUCAUGAUAUUAUCUUGAUAAAGUAAUAUAUAUAUCUUGAUAAAAUACGAUCUCUUUACUGUGAUGCAGUGACCAAGUAACUCCUCUUCAAAAACACAUGUAUUUUACUGGUGUGCCUUUUUUGGAGUGAAAGUGAUGGACUCAACGUGUUUAUUUUGUAACUGUCUGAACUUGUUCUCCUCCUCCUCCAGAUCAGAAGCAAAGUAGUGGUGGCCAAGUAUGACAGGCCUCCUCAGUCUAACAAAGCCCUGUUCGCCCUAGCGGAACCCUUUGGAACUCUGUGUGAACACCUGGUCCUCAAGAACAAGGUAGAGCACACCACUGUUCCGGCUUGCCAGAGGCCUCAUUUAUCACUCAAUGCUGGCGUACGUGGAUAUUCUAGGAUUUGCCUAGCGUAACAAAUUAUUGAGAUUUAUCAAACUGUCGCCACGCAACAUAUACGCAUUUUUUUUUCAUUGAUAAAAUCAGAACCAUACUGUAUUUCUGUGCUCGUGAACAAGUGUUACACUCCACCUGGAAAACAGCCUCCGUUCACCUUUUUAUGGUAACAAAAACGCCCUAAUUUGCUGUAUGAUUUGGAAAUGCUGGAACUGGGCCGUGACAGUUUCUAAAGCGCAAUGGAAAAUUUGAUCACAUUGUUUUUGCAGUGACUUUUAAACUACACUUAUUAUGAUUCUGCUAUGCAAUCUCCUUACCAACGGCAAAUGCGUCCGUGUUAUCAUUAGGCCUACGUUUUUAAUGUUUUUAUUAGCCUUCCAUUAUUAGAAUUCCCGUGCCUCAAACACCUCAAUUUCCCCCAAAAGAACAAUAUUGGCUUGCAACACAAGUUGUGCGUAUGCAUGGUUUGAGAAGUGCGUGGAAAUUUGCACCCUUUCCCCUCCAAGUUCAAAACGGAUAAAUACCAAACUUGGCGCAGGCAAGGUUUAAGUCUUUUUUUUGUGCGUACACACUUUUGAUAAAUUACGCCCCUAGUACUUGACUAUAAAGAUUCUUCAUGGAGUGUCCAGGAAACUGCCCCUUUUGUGUUUCACAACACUUUCCUCUCAUUACAAUGUAUAAAUCAAUUCUGCUUUGAAUUUGCGAUAACAGAGUAACGUAUUACAGUUCAAUGGAAAUAAACGUAUCACAAUGCAAACUCUACUUUGAAUAACCGGGUAACUGUCAGUGAAGAUGUAUGUUUUUUUUUUUUUUUUUUUAAACACUUGACUUGCUCUUCUUACCCCAUAUUUUAACAGAAGAAAACAGUUGACAUUGUUGUAUAUGAGCACCUGCUGACUGGUCGUGUACCACGGGGCUCAUGGUGCAUUGAUCUACUCCCCAGGCCUUUUUAGAAAUGGAGACCCAUAAGGAAGCUAGGGAUGUGGUCAACCACUACCAGAAGAACCCAGCGGUGUUAAAUGGGAAACAAAUCACCAUUUAUCUGUCCAAGGAACUCAUGGUGAUUCAGGUAAUAUUGGAAUGUCCUUAUUCAUCUAUUUUCAUUAGUUUUACCCCCUGUAUCUUAUCUGCUGUAUAGAUGAAAUACUUCAAAAUCACUCAGCUGCAUUUCUAACUUUUCUGUCCAUUUUAACAGUUAUUCAGUACAAGCAGCGAUCGUGCAUGCAGACGAGUACACGUCAUAUUUUCCUCUUUCUGAACACAGAAAGACAGCAGAACUGAGAGGGUGAACCGCGAGGCGAAACAAGGCAAAGAUCCAGAGGCAGCGAACCAGUCACAGGUGGUCUUCUUUUCCAACUUGCCGCAUGAGAACGAGAAGAAGCAGGAACUGCUCACCAUCGCGCGGCGCUUCGGCGUCGUGGAGAAACACUUGUUUCUAACCGAGGAGGUAAAAGUCUUUAUUAUUCUCUGUUUGUAUAAAAAAAAAACAUACUCAUGGAUGGAUAAAAGUGUCUGUUAAAUGGCAUAUAUUUUAUAUAGUAUUUAUAUUGUCAGUCUUUUUUAAUUUCUGGAUGUGUCAUGAAUGCUUAAAAUGUAUCAUUAGCGUUCGUCUUCCAAGGCUUUUGUUCAGCUGGGGUCUGCAGAGGAUGCCGAGAUGUUGGUGAAGUACUACACUCUGAAUCCACUGACCAUCCAUGGGAAGGGUGUCCGCUUAAACAUCUGUACCAAGUACAAGACCUUAAAGUAAGAGUUCCCAGAGUGAUUCAGUGCUUCAUUAUCAUAGUAGAGGACUUAGUUGGCCUUUUUUCACAGAGGUAUAUGGACUGAUUGUGGAUUGUUGUCCGUCUGUAACAGUGUGAAUAAUCGCUCAAGCAAUCUGAUGGAUGACAAGAGGAGGAGAAGCAGCAGUAGUACUGGGCCCAAAGACAAAGCUUCCUCCUCCAAGAGCACCAAAUCUUCCUCUAGCAGCAAAGCCAAAGAGGACAAGAAGGAACCACCAAAAGGAGAGGACUGCGGUGCAGGGAGAGAGGGAGAGGGAUCCGGGAGAGAGGGAGAGGGGUCAGGGAGAGAGGGAGUGGGGUCAGGUGACGAGGUGGCUGGUGUGAUGGAGGGAGAUGAAGCUGAGGAGUACAAAGGAGAGGGAGACCAGGGUUCAGGUGAUGAUGGGCCGUCAGCGGACAAGGCUGAAGCCGUGACGGAAGACCCAGAGACUGCUGCCAACGCCAGUCUGGAAUCCCAGGAGGAGAAGGAACCGGCUCCGGACUCAGACGACGUUCCGAGCACUGCAGAUGUUCUGAGCAGUAGUGACGUCACAGAGAAGGCUGAGGGGGCAGAAGUGGAGCAGGGGACUGUGCCUGGUCCAGAGGAGAAAGCGGAGGGAGAGCCUGAGAGUGAACAGAUGGAAACUGAAGCCGCUACAGAUGAGCCAGAGACCGAGGACAAGGAUGACAUGCCGUCGGCAGAGCCAGCAGAGAGCUCGGAGAUGCACGAGGAACAGCUACCUGCAGAUCAGGUAGGUCAACAACAGAAAAUAUUAGAUUUAUCUUGCUUAUACUGCUCAUGUAUUUUUGUUCAGUUUGAGACAAAGUUCUGUAGAGCACAGUGACCUAUCUGCCUUUUUGUUGUUGUUCGUAUUGUACAAAUGUAUUUAGAAUAUGUAACUAAUAUGUUGACAUACAGUACCAGUAAAAAGUUUGGACACACCUACUCAUUCCAGGGUUUUUCUUUAUUUUAACUAUUUUUUUUACAUUUGAGAAUAAUAGUGAAGACAUCAAAACUAUGAAAUAACACAUGGAAUCAAGUAGGAACCAAAAAAGUGUUAAACAAAUCAAAAUAUAUUUGAGAUUCUUCAAUGUAGCCACCCUUUGCCUUGAUGACAGCUUUGCCCACUGUUGGCAUUCUCUCAACCAGCUUCAUGAGGUAGUCACCUGGAAUGCGUUUUCAAUUAACAGGUGUGCCUUCUUAAAAGUUAAUUUGUGGAAUUUCUUUCCUUGUUAAUGCGUUUGAGCCAAUCAGUUGUGUUGUGAUAAGGUCGGGGGAGGGGGUAUACAGAAGAUAGCCCUAUUUGGUAAAAGACCAAGUCCGUAUUAUGGCAAGAACAGCUCAAAUAAUCAAACGACAGUCCAUCAUUACUUUAAGACAUGAAGGUCAGUCAAUCUGGAAAAUGUGAAUAACUUUGAAAGUGUUUUCAAGUGCUGUCUCAAAAACCAUCAAGCGCUAUGAUGAAACUGGCUCUCAUGAGGACCUCCACAGGAAAGGAAGACCCAGAGUUACCUCUGCUGCAGAGGAUAAGUUCAUUAGUUACCAGCCUCAGAAUUUGCAGCCCAAAUAAGUGCUUCAGAGUUCAAGUAACAGACACAUCUCAACAUCAACUGUUCAGAGGAGACUGCGUGAAUCAGGCCUUCAUCGUCUAAUUGCUGGAAAGAAACCACUACUAAAGGACGCCAAUAAGAAGAAGAGACCUGCUUGGGCCAAGAAACACGAGCAAUUGACAUUAGACCGGUGGAAAUCUGUUCUUUGGUCUGGAGUCCAAAUUUGAGAUUUUAGGUUCCAAUCGCUGUGUCUUUGUGAGACGCAGUGUAGGUGAACGGAUGAUCUCCGCAUGUGUAGUUCCCACCGUGACGCAUGGAGGAGGAGGUGUGAUGGUGUGGGGGUGCUUUGCUGGUUUGGGAUGAGUUGGACCGCAGAGUGAAGGAAAAGCAGCCAACAAGUGCACAGCAUAUGUGGGAACUCCUUCAAGACUGUUGGAAAAGCAUUCCAGGUGAAGCUGGUUGAGAGAAUGCCAAGAGUGUGCAAAGCUGUCAUCAAGGCAAAGGGUGGCUACUUUGAAGAAUCUCAAAUAUAAAAUAUAUUUAGAUUUGUUUAACACUUUACUACAUGAUUCCAUAUGUGUUAUUUCAUAGUUUGUGUCUUCACUAUUAUUCUACAGUGUAGAAGAAGAAAAAAUAGUAAAGAAAAACCCUGGAAUGAGUAGGUGUGUCCAAACUUUUGACUGGUAGUGUAUAUGUUGAAUAUGUUGACAUACAUGUUGUUGUGUCUUUCCUUCAGGAGGAGGGCAGUAUGGAGCAGGAUUUCCCAGAGAACAUGGAUGACUUUGUGACUCUGGAUGAGCUGGCAGAGGACGAGGACUUGGAGAGACAGGACUCCUCUUCCAAAGAAAAAUACUCAUCUUCAGGUAAACAACAUUAACUUUACCUCUAGCAUGAUGUAUGAUCAUUUAAUUUAGGAUGAUUGAUGACAGUGUCUGUGGAAUUGGAAAACCAUUGGAAUAAGCUACAGCAACUGUUGUUGGAAAAGUGAAGAGUUGUGUAAUUCUCUUUCUCUCGCUCUCACUCACUUUCUCUGCAGGAAGCUCUAAGAAAACUGGGGGAUUGAGAGUGGUCAAUGUUGUGGGAUUUAAACGAGCCUAUGGUUUUCUGAACGAGAUCUUGGCCCUGGCCAAACCCUUCGGGACAGUAGUUCAGCACCUGGUGCUUGACGUGAGACCUGAGGUAAAGUUCGUUGGUUGAUUGAUUGAUUGAUUCAUUUGACAGUGAAGCAAAAACAGUAUGAUGGAAGUCAACGUCUAACCAUUGUGUAUAUUUUCUUUGUUGGUGAAUCUAGGCCUUUCUGCAGCUCACUUCGGAAGAAGAGGCGAAAGCAAUGGUCAAUUUCUACAGUGGGAAUGUAACUCCCACUGUGUGUGGGAAGUCUGUGAAAAUCUACCAUUCACAGACAUACGCAACCAUUCAGGUGAGCUCCAUACCCGAAGAUUCAGUUCGCCAGCCUUCUACAGUAGAAGUUGUUUGUAAUGUUUCCUGUUCUUGCAGAGUGGGAGAGUGGUAUACGUGGGACAGAUUCCUCACUUCAAAUCCUCUGAUGCCUCCCUCCUGAAAAUCGCUGAACCGUUCGGCAAAAUCAGACGCUAUUUCCUGAACAGAUCUCGCAAUGAGGUAAUGAAAUCUUUUGUUCUCUCUUCUGCUACAGGGCUUCUUAAAAUGCCUCAUGGGUGAAUGAGUGGGAUACAAUAGAAAUCAGAUGUUUGUUUUUAAUUAUUUCAUUUCUAGUGUUUCAUUGAGAUGGAACGUGGAGAGGACGCUGAGAGAAUGGCUGAGACCUACAAGGACACGCCCCCUAAAUUCGAAGGCAAGCGACUUACGGUGUACGUGAGCAGGAAGUACAAACAGCUGAAAUACGGGUGAGUCAAAUUAAACAACAGUUGGUGUAUUUGCUGUGAGCGUUGUACAAUUCAACUUGUUCUUUUUCUCACUACUAAGAUGCUGCUCUUUUGUAUGUCAUGUAAAGUAUGUAAUGUUAAAAUAUGUAAUGUGCUUCAACUAAAUUGCUCUUCCCGAGACACUAAAGUUCAACUGAAAUGGAAUGCUCUUUCCCACACUAGACACCGACCACCAUCCUCUGACUCUGAGGAGAAGAAGAGGCCGUCGAAGAGGGAGCGAUCGGAGGGCGAAACGAGCUCCCACAGGAGCUCGGCAGCCAAAAGCUCAGCCAAGCAGGAUGAAGAACCUCCAGUCAAGAAGUCCAGAGAGGAGACGGCAGACGAGCCUGAGAAGGAAGACGAGGAGAAGAUGGUGGAGACGUCCACUGAGCAGAGUGAGGUCAGGAAGGAGGAGGAGGAGGUCCAGGGGGAACAUGGUCAACCCUCUGAGAACUCGGCUGGACAGGAGAUGGACACUGACAUGGUAAGUUUAUCUGGCUUAGGUUGUUCUGGAAUGGCACCCUGUUCCCUAUAGCACGCUACCUUUGGUCACAGUCCUAUGGGGCUUUGGCCAAAAGUAGUGCGCUGUCAUUCCUCAGCAAUCCCUCAAUGUCCAGGAUGAUCUGAUGGGGGAUUAGGACACCAUUUUGGACGUAACCCUAGGCAGUUUUAGUUUGUCAACCAAAAGGUAGUAACUUAAGGGACUGACUCUAUUGCUCUACGCUGUAGAACAUCAAAAUGGAGGACAACGAGACGCCCAUUUCCAUAGUGAGUGUGAGGAGCGUCGAGGAGAACGGAGAGAGUGCUGGCACACCAUCCCAGGCUGAGGGGAAGCUUUCAUCAACCUGCCCUGUUCCUCUGGGGCCUUAUGAGCCUAACAACCCAGUGGGUAAGGACAUGCUCACAUUAAUUCUGUUUAGAGGGAAAAGGGGUUUUCUAUGCGUUUACUAAAACCUUCUUUAAUAACAUAUAGAAUAACUUAAUUUUUCCGUGAGGCAACUCUUGUCUUGUCCAACACAUGAACAAACAUUAUAAAUAUAUACACUACAUGGCCAAAAAUAUGUGGACACCCCUUCAAAUUAGUGGAUUCGGCUAUUUCAGCCACAUCCGUUGCUGACAGGUGUAUAAAAUCGAGCACACAGCCAUGCAGUCUCCAUAGACAAACAUUGGCAGUAGAAUGGCCCGUACUAAAGAGCUCAGUGACUUUCAACGUGGCACCGUCAUAGCGUUCUCUGGAGUGCUGAAUCACGCUUCACCAUCUGGCAGUGCGACGGACGAAUCUGGGUUUGGCAGAUGCCAGGAGAACACUACCUGCCCCAAUGCAUAGUGCCAGCUGUAAAGUUUGGUGGAGGAGGAAUAAUGGUCUGGGGCUGUUUUUCAUGGUUUGGGCUAGGCCCCUUAGUUCAGUGAAGGGAGAUCUUAACAUUACAGCAUACAAUUACAUUCUAGAUGAUGCUGUGCUUCCAACUUUGUUGCAACAGUUUGGGGAAGGCCCUUUCUGUGCACAAAGCGAGGUCCAUACGGAAAUGGUUUGUUGAGAUCAGUGUGGUAGAACUUGACUGGCCUGCACAGAGCCCUGACCUCAACCCCAUCGAACACCUUUGGGAUGAAUUGGAACGCCGACUGCGAGCCAGGCCUAAUUGUCCAACAUCCGUGCCCGACCUCACUAAUGCUCUUGUGGCUGAAUGGAAGCAAGUCCCCUCAGCAAUGUUCCAACAUCUAGUGGAAAGCCUUCCCAGAAGAGUGGAGGCUGUUAUAGCAGCAAAGGGGGGGGACCAACUUUAUAUUAAUGCCCAUGAUUUUGAAAUGAGAUGUUCGACGAGCAGGUGUCCACAUACAUUUGGCCAUGUAGGUUAUAUAAUGUUAUUAUAAUCAUAGUGACUCUGUUGUCUGAUUGCAGGUGUUGAAUAUGUGAAGAUGGGGUACUACUGUAGGGUCUGUUUCCUGUUCUAUUCCAACGAGGAGACAGCCAAGAAGGUUCACUGCAGCAGUCAAUCUCACUACCAAAAACUCAAGGUAAACAUACAUUAUUUGAGUCAAUUAGCAGAUAUACCAAUAUAUCUGAGCAGUCAUUUUAAAACACACCAAUACGUCUCUCACUUGGUAUCAAAACAGUUUUCAGCAUAAGAAAAACGAUAUGCUCUGAAACGUAACUGCUGUCCCUGUUUAUUUUCAGAAACAUCUGGAAAAAGAGAAGGCCAAAGCUCAAAGUACCACAGGGAUGAAGACUGUGUAGGAUAUUACAAGUGUUGAGCUGUUAAUCAAUUGUUUAUGCGUGGAUAGAGUUAGUUUGUAACGCUAGAGUGGAUGUUCCAGAAAUUUUUUAGGCUUUCAUGUUUAGCCAUACAGCUCUGUCACUUUUUCUUUUAACCAAUAUACUGUACCAGGAGGAACCAACUAUGAAUGGCUCUGGAGA